AGCACAUUUAAUGAUAAUAAACGUGAAAUGGCAGAGGUAGCUCUCAAGGACCAGGACCCUUUCAGCUGUCCUAUCUGUUUGGACCCACUUGAGAAUCCAGUAACAAUUCCGUGUGGACAUAACUACUGCAUGGCUUGCAUUGAGGAUUACUGGAAUGAAGACAAGCACUCUGAGUCCUUCGGCUGUCCUGAGUGCAGAGAGACGUUCACACCGAGGCCUGCUCUUAACAAGAACACCAUGUUUGCUGAAGUGGUAGAGCAAUUUAAAAAUGCAAGACUGCAGGACACCUCACCUCACAACCCUGGACCUGCAAACACGGAAUGUAACAUCUGCACUGGACGAAAAAGUCAAGCUGUCAAAUUCUGCCCGGCGUAUGUCCAAUCAUACUGCGAGGGGCAUACAGUUCGGCAGGACAAAGCAAACAUUGGAGAGAAAUACAUUGUAGUUGUCAUUAACAGAGAGCCUCGAAUGGAUAUCUGUCUCCGUCACAACAUCCCACUGGAGAUCUAUUGUCGAACCGACCGGCAGUUGAUCUGUUCUCUCUGCUUUGCUGAAAGCCAUAGAGAUCAUGAUGCGGUUUCAGUCGCGCCAACAAGUACAGAUAGACAGGAGCAUAAACGUUCUCACAUGGAUAUACAGCAUGGGAACAGGCACACAUCGCAUAGGCAUGGAAGGAGGAAACACAAAAGAAGCAGGCAUGGUAGUGGACAUGGGAGUAGACACAGAAGCAGCUCCAGAAAGACCUUGCAUGUGCAAAGCGGUCAUGAAGUGAGUAAUCAUGAAAGUCAUGGGAGUAAUAUGAUCAAGCAUGGGCAAGUUGUAGGAGGUGGGCAUAUGAAGAGCAAACAUAAGAGUAGACAUGGAAGCUGGCAUAUGAGCAGCAGGCAUGAGAGAAGUCAUAACUAAUAUUUAAAAAGCAUUAAUAUGUGGAGAAUGCUGUGGAAUAUGGCAUGAUUAUAGAAGGCCAUAAAGUCAGAUAUGAGGAAUGGGGAAAGUAGACAAUAUUGUGGUUCCUCAGAUCCUGAACUGCAGAUACUUAAACACUUUUAUGCAAGUGAAAAUGUUUUUUGUUUUUUUACUUAAUACAUUUCCACUGAAAUACAUUGACCAUGUCUAUUAAAUGUUACAAAUAUUAUUUGCAAUUAUUGACGAUUUCCAAUUGUGCAUCAUGGCAAGUAUUUAUUAACAAAAAAAUAUAUAUUUCUAUCUCAUUUCACAUCAUGAGAUCUUUUGUAUGAUCUAAUUUUAUUUUUAUUUUACAUUUUUUAUAUUGUUUUUGUAUCUUUAUGUUUUUUAAAUAGCUUCUAAUGACUUUCAAAUCAUAAUGAGUGCUAAAUUUUGUACUUAUAAACUAAGAAAUUUGUAUAUCUUUCAGACUUUAUCCACUAAAUCUGUUUAGGCAGUUAGGUCUGAUUACCUAAAUGUUAAUGUAAAGAAAAGCUAAUAGUGCUUUGUAUAUAAUUAUAUGAAACUAUUAGUUAUGAACAAAGAGGAAUCAAAUAAUGGUUUAAGACAAUGUAGAAUACAGUGUGUAAAUACAGAGUCGAGUGCAAAAGGUUCCAUACCUAUACAUCAAGUACAAAACCCAAAAACUAUCAAGUAACAAAAUGUAAGGUAAACGUAAAGUAUUUUAUAUUAACAGCGAAGGAAUCAAAAUAUUUGUGAACUUUUAUUCCACUUGCCUUCCUGCAAGCCUCCUUCUGUACCGAUGGUUCUUCCAAGUAUUUCACAGUUGUAAUGGUGUCCCUAAACACUUAUACCCUUGUCUAUCGCUAUGAAAAGGUCAUUAUUUCUGUUUCAAGGCUUGUGAUUACUGUUUUUCUGAUUCCAUUGAUACUUGACUACUUGAACGUUUGGACUCUGUAUUAGACAUGUAUUAACUGUUUCAAGUUAUUAGACACAUUAAUGAGGUGCAUUCAAAUAAAUGACUUAGACCCAUCGUUCUCAAAGUGAGGUCCUUGGGACCACCAGGGUUCCAUACUGUACAUCUAUGAGGUGCGUGUGUCGCUUCUUUAAAAAAUAUUUUUUUAAAUAAAUAAAAAAUUACAUGACUCUGAUGACUAGUAUCCAGUUUGUUACAGGUCAAAUAUAAUCAUAAGUAUAAGCUUAUUUCACUUGAAAUCAUCUUGAAUUUAAAACUCAAUAAGUAAUGCAAAUAAUCUUGCCUUUAACAGCAAUUUUCAUAAAACCAGAAAGUAAUUUAAC